CGCCAGCACCAGUUCCAUUUCAUUCCGUGGUGGUCGAGCACAGGUAUUGUCGGAGUGGGACUUCUCGGAAAGGUGUAACGAGUGCAACUAAACCGUACCGACAAUUAUUGUGAUAACGAGACCAAGAAUCAAAAUCAAAUCAAAGCUGUGAUGAAAAUAUUAAAAAAUAACCAAAUCAAAAAUAAGGAAACCGUCGUGAAUCUUCGUGGAAUCUAAAUCCAACCAAAAUCCAAGUAUAUAAAAGAAAAAGUGAAAAACCUCCAGCACAAAAUCCCAUCGCCAUCACUCGCCAGAAAUCGUUACACAAGAAAUCAUACGCGUUUGAAAGUGCGUGAAAUCGAAAAAUAAGGUUCAAUUUCCCGGAAGAAAACAGAGGCAACACAAAAAAAGCACGUACGACCGGAAUCAAUCUUCAAAGCAAGUGCCAUCAUCCCCGGAGAGACAGAGAGAGAGACGGUCGUCGCCGGGAGCCAAGAAGACGUCCCGAAAAUGCUACCACCCCUCGGGAUGCUGCCGCCCGGAACUUGGUCGCCGGUUAAGGUGGUGAUGCUGGCGGUGCUGGUCCUGCUGGGGCCGGGCCUUCGACAGGUUCAUGCUCUUCGAUGCUUUUCCUGCAGUGUGACGGCCAGUUCCGGGGACAAGAACUGCAUCAGCGAUCCGUCCAGCGUCGAGGGCCAAAGUGUGGUCAACUGCAAUCGAAAGUACUGCACCAUUCAGCGGCAGGAGCUGAUUGAUCCUCCCGGGAAGCUGAACACGUUUCUGCGAAGCUGCGAGGAGAGCCCACUGUACCUGAACGACGUGAUCGAAGACCCAACGUUCCGUACGUACUACCGGUCCUGCUCGUCGGACCUCUGUAAUUCCGGCGAUGGAAUGGAAACGGCCGGUGGCCUGUCCGGCCUGGACGCCGGCGCUUCGGAGAACCUGCUCGUGCCCGGACUGGCGGCCUCCUCCCAGCGGCGACCGCCACCGUAUUUCACCGGAAUGUCACUUGCCAUGUUGGCGGCAGUGGUCUCGUGGCGAACCUGUUUCGGAUUAAUUUUCCAAUAAAUUAUCAACACCUGACAGCA